AUGGAUGAAAUCUAUCCAAACCUUUCAAAAUUGUUUCCAGAAAAUCUAGAAAAAAUAUGCCAAGAUUUAAAGUGGUAUUUGGAUUCUUCAAAUGAACCCAAAAAUCUAUUUGAACUGCACCCCAAAUUUAAUAACAAUUUCAAGAACUUAUUUGAUAAUAUAAAUACCCAGUCACUAAAGAACCAGGAUUCAUAUCCAUACCUUAUAGAUUCUAAAGAAGAUUUAAAUAUAAAUGAAGACACAGAAUAUUUGGAAGAUCCAAAAACCACAAGAGAAGGAAAGAAUAAUAACAAAAAAGAGUUGUUGAAGAAGGUACAAGAACAUGGAAAGUAUUUUGAAGAUAUCAAUCAUAUGUGUAAAGAAAAAAGAUCUCAAAUCGAGAAAAAUGUAAUAAAUACACUAUUAUCGCACGAAAACGAACUCUCAGAGUUCGCAAUAGACCUAAACUACUGUGAUAACACACUAAAGAUGAUAGAAGAAUCACUCAACAAACAAUUUGAGUCACUCCAAAUGUCUUCAGAAAGUAUCAAAAAACUACACGAUGAGUCCAAAGAUAUGUCAUGCGCACUGGAAAACAGAAAGAAAAUGGUAGAAAAACUAGAAAAGUUUGUGAAAGAAGUUAUAAUAACACCAUCCAUGAUCAAGUCGCUGUGUAACGAUCCAAUAAAUGAAUCAUAUGUAGUACAUGUGGAAGAGUUUGGAAGAAAGUCAGAGAAUAUCACAAGACUGUACAAGGAUAAGGAAUACCCAGCAGUUGAGUUCUCAAAGAUCCAGGUCAAGAAGCUGGAGCUGGUGCUAAUAAGAAGGAUUUUUGACUUUCUGUCACUGGAAAUUAGCAACCUAGCAAUACCAAAAGUGAAUAUCCAGAUGGUACAAUCUACUAGGUUUAUGACAUUCCGACCACUGUAUAAAUAUUUGUGUAAUUUCCCAAACCACACCAAGGAUUUAAAGAAACUUUACACCUACACAAUGAAGAGAACAUACAGCCACUUGUUCGAAAAUUACCUUAAUUCAUUGGAGGCAUGUUUCGAAAAGGAAAGAUGCAGAGAGACGUCAUGUAUGCUGAGAAUAAGAAGCCUGGCAGUAGUUCAGAAACAAAAUAAAACAAUAAGUUACUAUGAUAUGAAUUCAAGAGAUUCAAUAUUAAAAGACUUUAAUUCACAACCAAUACUGCCGACAGGACUACAACCAAACUCACUCAAGAAGGAGCUGAUAGUAAAGUCAUAUUUCAAACUACUAGUUGACACGUGUACGACUGAAAUGUCAUUUAUAUCCUCGUUCUUCUUUUUAAAUGAUCCUAAACCAAAUGAAAACCGAGAAGAAAAUAAUAACACUAGUAAAGAUAAAUUGGAUAAGAACAUGUUUAAGGAAAUAUUUGUGGAAGUGUUUGAAAUAAUGUCAUGUAACUUAAAAGUUUACCUGAGAACAAGCUUUGACCUGGUGGCCUUAACGUUGAUACUAUCUAUCUUGAGGUUCAAUAGAAGGUUUUUGUUGCACAGAGAAAUAACAUUCUUCGAGUCUGAAAUGUAUGAGUUUGAGUCACUGUUGUAUGAAAGACUAAACUUUCUCAUGAAUGAAAUAAUAAGUCUGGUGUCAAAGACAACAAAAUCACCUAACAUAUCAACAAUUCUCCUGUGGAACCCAGCACCCUUCGUAGUUAACUCAUCCCAUAUAAUCUAUGUCAUUUCAAGACUUAACGACUACACGAGAAAGCUUAACCCACAUGUCAUCCAGCUUCUUCAGAAUUUAGUCGAUUUCUUAGAAAAAUCCUCAGAAAAAUUAGACGCUAACAAAAAUUCCAUUUUUAUUAUCAACAAUCUAGUACCACUAGUGUCAGUCAUAAAAACAAUAACUGAUAAAACCAUGUUUUCGGACGAGAAUUUUGAUUUUGGUGAAGUUUCAAAGAAGUUGGAAGAGAAUCUGCAGAACAGCCUAACAUUUUAUUCCAAUUUCCUCCUAACAGAGUUCAUUUCCGACUUGAUUAAUAUAAUGGAUGAAGAGGAGCCGGCAAUUGAGGGAGUUACACCUAAAAAAACACUAACAUUAGCUACAAUGGCAUUGGAAUAUAGGAACCUGUGUAUGGACUUCAUAAAAACAUAUAACGAAAGAGUGUCGCUUAUUAAGAACAUAAUUUCCCAGUCGUUCAUACACCCGCAGACCCUAGAACUGGUCAACAUACACGUUUUCAAUAUGUUUUAUGAAAUAUACUCUAAAUUCUAUGGUAUCACAAAUGAUAUUUUCAAGGACACGCCGACCGAGUGGUUCUCUAAAAUGCCGGACCCGUCCGAGUUUAAGCCAUAA